AUGGACUCAAGCGUUUUCACAGAGUACGAUACGGACCUUACGACCGUACUGCAAGGCGUGGCGGACAAGCUGAGCGGGGAAGCGGCCACUUUGCGCGGAGAGGAGCGAAGAGCACUUUUGAGGCGGGUUGAGCGCGAGUUGGAGGAAGCAGACGAGAUCGUCGAGCAAAUGGAGAUAGAGAUGCAGACGGCGGACGCAAUGGACAGGCAGAACAUGCAGAACAAGCUGAGGGCGCACAAGGCGAGCUUGGGGCGGCACAAGACGGAUCUGAAAGCGCUGUUGUCAAGCGCUGACCGUGACGACCUGCUUGGAGGCUCUUCAGGGCGAGCAGACCACGUCGCUAUCGAGAUGGACGACCGGUCCGACUCGCCAUCGCUGGGACAGGCUCAGGCGCAGCGGGCGCGGCUCAUGUCAGCGACGGACAAGUUGGCGGACGGGCAGCGGCGGCUAGAAGACAGUCAGCGGAUAGCGUUGGAGACGGAGGAUGUCGGCGCGGGGAUCUUGCGCGACUUGCGGACUCAGCGAGAUACCCUCGAGCAUAGUCGGGAUACGCUGUACGAAGCGGACGGUUCGAUAGACCGGGCGUCCAACACCUUGCGCAAGAUGAUUCGAACAGCAUACCAGCAAAAGGCUAUCAGCUACGCCAUCAUCGGCCUACUCGUAUUGCUCAUUCUGUAUGUCCUCGCCUCCAAAUCCUUUGGCUGA